UAUAUCCGUCUCCCAUGAACAUUUACACAUACCAAUACACGUGUGCGACAUCGCUAGGGAACAAGGCCCGUCCGAGCCUCCACUUAUCGACUAUACAAAUAAACACCAUCACCUGACACAUACCUACGAGACAAAGUCAAGCAUAGUGUCGACAUCCCCCCUCAAAAGCAGCCUACCUUUCGUCCAUCGAGCAGACAGCAGGACGACACAACAGCAAACGAUGCCCCUACAAUCUCGACCCACCAGCUGAGCGCCCUGAGAUGCCCACCGUAGGCAAGAUGAAUUCGUCACCGACUUCGAGGCGGGCCUCGCUGUCGUCGCUCAACUCGCCCACCGUGGACAAGGAGGCCUUGCAGAAAGAGCUGGACCAUAUUCAUACCACCGCCUCACGCUCAGACACUCUGACUUCAUUCAGCGACUUUGAGCGAAGUCGCACCAGUAGUCCACGCGUUCCAGGUCCAAAGGACUUGGUCAGUGGCCGCAUAAGCGGUCUGUACUCGCGUCUCAGGCAGAGUGUUGGAGCAUCGUCGCCUGCUUCAGAUGUCUCGAUACGUCCAUCCAGUCGCGGCAGCUUCAAUGUCCCAGAUACCGCAUCUCUGAGAAGCUUCUCGAAGCAAGAGUCGCCUACACUCUUCCGCUCAAAUCACGUCUCGCGUCCUAGCGAUGCAAGUGCUGCCAUAGCAGAGACAGACUUCGCCCCGACUCAUUCAAUACCUUCUUCUGCUGUUCACUCUCGUCCUGGCUCUCGUGACUUGUCUCGCUCCGCCUUGCACACCGCCGCGUCCUCCCCCUCUGCAAGACGCGCCUCUCCACCCGCCCAACCUCGUCAUUCCGAAAGCAAUCAAGCACAGCAUUCGGCCGAAAGCAAACGCUUGUCGCAGAACAUGGAUGGAAAGCGUCUGUCGCAAAACAUUGAAGGAAAACGCUCUUCGGUCAACCUGGAAAACAGCAGACCUUCGCAAAACCACGAUGGCAAGCGUCUGUCACAGUCAGAUGCUCCGUUCAUGGGAGCCCGGACUGAGCGUCCGACGAUCAUGAUACAACCCGAGAGGACGGAUAGCCCAUCCAGUAUGGCUCCCUCUGCCGAUAGAUUCGACAGCGAUGCUUCUUCGAGAACUAGAAGUCACUCUCAGCAUGAGCGUCCUCCACUUCGCGUCUCUGUUUCACAUUUACCCGGUCUAAGGAUAUCACAAGCAUCUGUGGUUGACGGUGUUCUUGACACGUCUUCAGUGUUAGGUACCAAGCCUAGUACGCCCAUGCCUGAUGUGCAACCCAACUUCAACGGGAACAUGCAGAAUCGUCGGGCGCCGCAAAGGGAUGCCCAGUCGCUUGAAACAUUGGAAAAAAGAUCUACGACCAUACCUGCUCAUCUCAAGCGCCGGGUUAUCAGCAAGGAGUUCUGGAUGAAAGAUGAAAAUGCCCGUGAUUGCUUCUACUGUGGUGAUCCCUUUUCAACUUUCCGCAGAAAGCACCAUUGCAGGACUUGCGGUCAGAUCUUUGACGCAAAAUGUACAGUAACUGUUCCAGGAAAGCCAUUUGGUCAAUCGGGCACACUCAGGUUAUGCAAGCCAUGCGACGCUAUGAUUUAUGGCAGCGACGAUGAUUCGACGGUAUUCUCCGACUCAGACGAGCCCGUCAAGUCCCCAAUAUCCGCAUCUCAUUCACAAGAUCAAGACGUCUUCAAGCCAAACGAUCCAGCUCUAGCAACACCAUCAAUUGGUAUCCCUGUCUCAAGGAGAAACAGAGAAGCCAAGAGAAGAUCUGCUGUCAUUGAGUUUGACACGCAGCCCACGCUAGCACGACCAAGUUCAUCUCGAUCAUUGAAAUCUAUGACCGGAAGACCACAUUCUUCUAGCCACAAGCGCCAUCACUCUCGCCAUCAAUCUGUGCGUCCACUCAAGACCCCUGCGGAGGAACGAGGACCAUUCUAUCAGAACAUCGCUGACACGCGGCGGAAACCACCCUUUACCGCCUUCCAUAACGACAACAUCAUCGACCCUGAUCUAGCUCCAUACCUAUCCGAUGAUGCUUCUGAUGUAGACGACCAAUCGAGCCUUUAUGCCACUAUCAGUGACAUUCCUGGCCCUUCCUCACUUGAUAACGAACGGCCUGGAUUCGCCGGUUUGUUGUCUUCGGCUGUCAAGAAAGGUCGUUCGCGAAGGGGCGAUAGAAGUGUUGGAGGUCAUAGUUUACGUGCCUCUCGUGACCUAGAGCAUCUGAUGGCUGUUCACAAACAUCUCUCAAAGUCGCGAAAGACGCGCAAUCCGAGUAUUGGAAGUAUUGGUGUAUCGCGUCCAUCUCCGCGACGAAGUCGUAGUCAAAACAUGAUGAAAACUUACGAGGUCGGCGCGAAUGAGACUUCGGCUUACGAGAUCUUCAAGCCUAUACUAGCAGACCAGGCACAGGUCAAACGAAGCUCUGGUAUGCACGGUUCGAACGCACCUGCCAUCGAACUCAACAGAGCUAGUCUGCAGCACGUUGAACGUCUUCUGACUCAGCUGCUCAAAGAAUCAGAGAUUCCUAGACGCAGGCAUUGGCAAAAGGCUUUGAUGCCUAUUCUGCUGCAGUGUCCUAAUGAUGUAGAUCCUGAUGUUCAGAAUGGCGACGACAUGGACAUUAGAAACUAUAUCAAGAUCAAGAAAGUACCUGGUGGCAAGCCUGGUGAUACCUCAUACGUGUCUGGAGUUGUUUUCAGCAAAAACAUUGCUCUCAAAGACAUGCGACGAAGCUUUGUACGCCCUCGUAUCGCGAUAAUAUCAUUCGCCAUUGAAUACGCUCGACAUAACACUCAUUACUUGAGCUUGCAGCCUGUCAUCGCCCAGGAAAAAGAGUAUCUCUCCAAUCUUGUGGGUCGUAUAGCAGCAUUGAAGCCACAGAUUUUGCUAGUACAACGCAAUGUGUCUGGCAUUGCUCUAAAUAUGCUCGAAAGGGCAGGCAUCACCGUUGUUUACAAUAUCAAAGAAUCUGUCCUUGCUGCUGUCGCUCGCAUGACGGAGACAGAGGUAAUCAAGUCGAUGGACAAGCUUUCGAUCGAUCCUGCUGGAUUGGGACACUGCUCCAAUUUCGACGUGAAAACAUACGUUCAUGGCAAGACUAGAAAGACUUUCAUCUGGAUUUCUGGUUGUCCGCCUGAGCUCGGCUGCACCAUCGUUCUGCGCGGAGCAGAGAUGGAAGUUCUUCGUCAGAUUAAACGGAUCACAGAAUUCAUGUGCUACGUUGUCUACAAUCUCAAGCUCGAAACUUGCUUAAUGCGGGACGAAUUCGUUUUGAUUCCUUCCUCAAUCAGCACUGCCAAGUCUACCCCUCCAAACAUCAACAUUGCAGCUACGAAAACAGCCGACAUCGUUCAUGCACCAGUCACACCUACAACUCAAUUGCAUGACGGAGACGAAAUCACUGUACCGGAAUUAGAGGCCAACCCCGAAGUUGAUCAAUCCGAAAACAAACCUAACGCGUUGAAUCACCUUGUCGAUGCUGCUAGACAUGUCGUACCUGAGCCUACUGUCACCGCGCAAGAAGAUAUUGAUGACGAGUCCAUGCCGUCACAGUAUAGAGAGCUCAUAGAGACAGCAAGGACUCGACUGAUAUCAUCAUCGCCAUUCGUCAAAUUCCCCGAACCUAUCCUCCUCGCCAAAGUCCAAGAUCAAGAACGAAAAGUUGAACAGACCAAACGAUUACGAGAUCGAUACGAUGCAUUUGAACUAGAGACAGACCAUAAUGAGAAGGCUAGCGAAGACAGACAAGAGGACAUUGCUCAGAUGGAGAAGUUCAAAAUGGUCGUCCCUGACAUGAUCUCAGAAGCUGUGCCUGCCAAUCAGACUAAGCCCGUCCGACAAUUUCUUCGAGACAUCCACGAAGCACAAUAUCAGAUGGCCCUCCACGAGUACGGCAUCAAGAAACGGCAAUGGGAGUCCUUCUUCUCUAUCAGCAACAACAACCCCUUUAACCCAUUCAGUCAUCAGAACAUCUUUGUCCUUCACUCGCUCGUUAGCAACGCUUUAUCCUUCCCCUGUGCCGGUCCCGAGGUUCUAGGUCUCUCCUUCUAUGCUGGUUGGGGUAAUGCCGAACUAGGAUUGGAAGAAGACCUCACACUUGGGCAGUUCGUCGAAGAGACCUGCGCUACCGCAGCCACUGCGUGUAAGCAAUGCAGUCAUAGAAUGUUUGAUCACCAUCGACAAUAUGUUCAUGGCACUGGCCAGAUCAGUGUCUCGGUCAAGCGCUUCCCAUCAAAAUUUCAGAACCUUCACAACACAAUCCUCAUGUGGUCUACUUGCAAGAUAUGCCAACAAGAGACCACAUGGAUCCCAAUGUCUGACAAUACAUGGAAAUACUCGUUCGGCAAAUAUCUUGAACUCAGCUUUUGGAGUACGCCUUUGAAGCCACGAGCAGGCGUCUGUCCUCAUGACAUCCACAAAGACUUUGUGAGAUGUUUCGCAUUCCAAGGUCUUGCUGUUCGGAUCCAAUGGGACAAUGUCGAUCUUUACGAGGUCAUGGUCCCUACACCGACUAUCAACUGGGAGGUUACUGCAGGGUUAGAACUCAAGAACCAGCUCUUCAUGCACUUCCAGACACGUCUCACGGCUUUCAUCGCAUCUGUCAGGGGCCGUCUGAACUCGAUCAACCUUUCCACAGUUGCACCUGAGAAGCAAGCUGACGCGGCAGCGACUCUAGAGAAACUCGCACAGAAAGUGGACACGGAUCAUGAGGCGCUCUUACAGAAGCUCCAAGACAAGUACAUGGCUUCAAAGUUCUACGAAAUCAUCCCGCUUAACAGAGCAGUUCGGAUGAUGGACGAGAAGGCACUGUGGUGGGAUGAUGAAUUCACUGACUUUGAAGCCAAAUUCUUCCCAUCCGAGAACGAUAUCCGUAGAUUGGCUACACUUCAGUUGAAGAAGUUGUUCCUCGAUCGAGGGGAGGCCACUGGAACUUCUCAUCAUGAUUUAAGUGACGCUGACGAAGGCAUGGAGAUGAAGGAAAGGCCACACUCUGGAAUGGGUCUUACUGACGAAGACCUCCAAUCAGAAAAAGCACAACACAUGCUGACCUCUGUCGUCGAGGAGCACGGCCAUUCUCAACCAGAUUCGGAGCCAAAUGGCGAAAUGAAAAUGCUACACGAGGCAGGACCGGUAAACAUGGAAGUUCCAGACGCCCUCAUUCUCUCCAAGCAAUUGUCACCCAGCGAAAUUGAGCAAGCUGUCGAGAGAGAGGAUGUCAAGCACCUUGAUCUUGCCAUUCCUUCAGCCUUUUCCGAACCUCCAGCAGAUCAAGAAACUCCAAGAGCUGAGAGUGGUCCAUUUGAAGGCGACACACCAGAGUCGAAGUCGCCCGAGGCAUUCGUAACCGAACCAAAGCCACUCAACUCUAGCAUACUUGAACGUAUUGAACAAAUGCGUUCUGCUGCGACUGGUCCUGAUGCAGGUAUGCCAGAGUCAAGAAUUCCACGUCUCGUCCGCACUCGAGGUCCCAUAUCUCCACCACUUGGACGAACCCAGUCUCAACCCGAUGGUAUCCCAAAGAGGAAUGUCGACUCCACUCCAGAGAUGCCCACAAUUCAUGCAGUCGCCAGUGGUGAAAGUUCUGGUACCACAACACCUACCCCUGGCAAACACCAGAACAAGGAUCUAGCCAAGUCUAUUGAGCUACGCUUGAGCGAUCGUCUGGGUGGUGGAUACUCGAAGAAUGGAAGAACUCAACCAUCUCUGAUACCAAGAUCGGUCCCAAGUAAAGCGUUUGAUACAACCACUCGUGUCUCUGCGUUGGCAAAACACUUCGAGCAGCUCUCUCGCGAGUUCGAAAAGGAAAGACUACGCGAACGCAAACAGCGAGCAGCUCGACGAAGACAGGUUCGCGCCAACCCCCUGGCUAGUAGCAAACCUGUCGUCGAAGUCUACCGAGAUGCUCGUGAAGCUGUCGGUGAGAAGACCGAGGCCGAAGCUCCCGAGCCGCAUCAGACGUCAACCGAUGAGACGUCAGAGUCACAGAUGGAAGAUAUUCCUGACUCGAAUCAGGAGACCGCCGAAGAGCCCCAUGACACGGAUGACGCUACGGACAAUGAAAUGGCGGAGUCGACGACUGGUCAAACUGAUACCGAUGCUGAAGGCGAUACGACCGAUAAUGAGAUGCAUGUGCCUUUGAGGCCAGAUAUGUCUGAGGCUGGAUCAAUCUCAGGCACUGGUUCUAUUGCAUCUCCUCAUGACGUUGACUCACAUCUUGAGCUCACACUGCCAAAGCAUGAGAAGAAUUCUUUGAUGAAGAUGCUCACAAGCUUUUGGUCUGAACGUUCAGCAUCAGGCUGGAAAGCGCUUGACUAUCCUCUGCACACCAAUGAGCAUGUCUUCGAUGAUAGUGACAUUAUCGUACGAGAAGACGAGCCUGCCUCGGUGAUCGCUCUUGCCCUAUCUUCUGCAGAUUACAUAGCCAAGCUGCGCGAGUUCCGUGGCAAUCCCAGGAGCAACGGUCACGGUCAUCACGGCCACACUGAAUCACAAUCGAGCUUCAAUUUCGCGGCAGACAUCAGUAGUAAUGAUGCCAGCCAACAAUCAGCCAUCGAGGCGAGCUUGAUUAGUGAGACAGGCACGCACAUGAAAUACAGCUUCAGCCACAACACCGUCCGCGCGACCUGCAAAAUCUUCUACGCCGAAUCUUUCGAUGCCUUGAGAAGGAAAUGCGGCGUCAGUGAACGCUUCGUCGAAUCUCUGUCACGAUGCGCCAAGUGGGAUUCAAAAGGCGGCAAGACGAAAUCACUCUUUCUAAAAACUCUGGAUGAUCGCUUCGUCAUCAAAUCUUUGCAGGAAGUUGAGCUCAAAGCUUUCACCAAGUUCGCUCCUGACUAUUUCGCCUUCUGCGCGCAAAGCCUGUUCCAUGGCGUCCCUUCCGUAAUUGCGAAAAUGUUCGGACUCUUCCAGGUCGAGCUUCGCAACCCAAACAACGGUGUUGAAUUCUCUUCAUACCUUCUCGUCAUGGAAAAUCUCUUUUACAACCGCAACCCUACCAGGAAGUUCGACUUGAAGGGAAGUAUGCGCAACCGCAAGAUCGAAAGUACUGGUCUACCAGACGAAGUGCUUCUGGAUGAAAACUUGGUCGAGACGAUUUUCGAAAAACCCCUCUUCGUCCGCGAGCAUGCUAGAAAACUUCUUAAGGCGAGUGUUUGGAACGAUACGAUGUGGCUUUGCAGACAGAAUGUCAUGGACUAUUCUUUGAUGGCCGGAUUCGAUGACGAAAAGAAACAGCUGGUGGUUGGUAUUAUCGACUGCAUCAGAACGUACACUUGGGACAAGAAACUCGAAUCGUGGAUCAAGGAUCGUGGAAAGAAUAAACCGACUAUUACUUCGCCGAAAGACUAUCGUAAUCGCUUCCGUGUUAGUAUGAUGCAAUACGUCCUGCAAGCACCAACAGUCUGGCAUUCUUUCCUCGCACCGGGCCUGCCUGUCACUGGCGUCACGUUCAAUUCGGGAGGUGGUGUGGAAGUUACGAGGAACGGCGUUCCUCCAGCCGUCGCUGCACAGGGCUCCGAAGGACGAAGUGUCGCGGGAAGUUGGGAAGAGAGAAGUACGGCGGAUGAGGAGCGUAGAGCUGCGCUGACAGCAGAAGGCAAUGUCUUGGAUGAUGCUACUAUCAGGGAGAUGUCGACCAUGUCAUUUGUUUAGUCUUCUUUUAUCGUUCUGGCUCUUUCUCUAUUGGAUUAUAAUC